CGAGGGGCUGGGGGCCGGCGGCUCAGGCAGUCCCGGCGUGCGGCGGCAGCGGCGGAGCCCGAGCCCGGAGCCGAGCGGCAGGCGGAUAGCAGCCCGCGGGGCCCGCCGCAGCCAUGGGCAACCGCGGCAUGGAGGACCUCAUCCCGCUGGUCAACCGGCUGCAAGAUGCCUUCUCCGCCAUCGGCCAGAACGCGGACCUCGACCUGCCGCAGAUCGCUGUGGUGGGCGGCCAGAGCGCUGGCAAGAGCUCGGUACUCGAGAAUUUCGUAGGCAGAGACUUCCUGCCCCGAGGAUCUGGCAUUGUUACACGCCGCCCCCUGGUCCUGCAGCUGGUUAAUGCUACCACAGAAUAUGCCGAGUUCCUGCACUGCAAGGGGAAGAAAUUCACCGACUUUGAGGAGGUGCGUCUGGAGAUCGAGGCUGAGACAGACCGGGUCACUGGCACCAACAAGGGCAUCUCGCCGGUGCCCAUCAACCUCCGCGUCUACUCACCGCACGUUCUGAACCUGACCCUGGUGGACCUGCCCGGAAUGACCAAGGUCCCGGUGGGGGACCAGCCUCCUGACAUCGAGUUCCAGAUCCGGGACAUGCUUAUGCAGUUCGUCACCAAGGAGAACUGCCUCAUCCUGGCCGUGUCACCCGCCAACUCCGACCUGGCCAACUCGGAUGCCCUCAAGGUCGCCAAGGAGGUGGACCCCCAGGGGCAGCGCACCAUCGGGGUCAUCACGAAGCUGGACCUGAUGGACGAGGGCACAGACGCCCGGGAUGUGCUGGAGAAUAAGCUGCUUCCUCUGCGCAGAGGCUACAUUGGCGUGGUGAACCGGAGCCAGAAAGACAUUGAUGGCAAGAAGGACAUCACGGCCGCCUUGGCUGCUGAGCGCAAAUUCUUCCUCUCCCACCCUUCCUACCGCCACUUGGCCGACCGCAUGGGCACACCCUACCUGCAGAAGGUCCUCAACCAGCAACUGACGAACCAUAUCCGGGACACGCUGCCAGGGCUGCGGAACAAGCUGCAGAGCCAGCUGCUGUCCAUUGAGAAGGAGGUGGAAGAGUACAAGAACUUCCGCCCAGAUGACCCAGCACGCAAGACCAAGGCACUGCUGCAGAUGGUCCAGCAGUUUGCCGUGGACUUUGAGAAGCGCAUUGAGGGCUCAGGAGACCAAAUUGACACCUAUGAACUGUCAGGGGGGGCCCGCAUCAACCGUAUCUUCCAUGAGCGCUUCCCCUUCGAGCUGGUCAAGAUGGAGUUUGAUGAGAAGGAACUCCGAAGAGAGAUCAGCUAUGCUAUCAAGAAUAUCCAUGGCAUUAGAACGGGGCUGUUCACCCCAGACAUGGCCUUUGAGACCAUUGUGAAAAAGCAGGUGAAGAAGAUCCGAGAACCGUGUCUCAAGUGUGUGGACAUGGUUAUCUCGGAGCUAAUCAGCACCGUUAGACAGUGCACCAAGAAGCUCCAGCAGUACCCUCGGCUGCGGGAGGAGAUGGAGCGCAUCGUGACCACCCACAUCCGGGAGCGUGAGGGUCGCACCAAGGAGCAGGUCAUGCUCCUCAUCGACAUUGAGCUGGCUUACAUGAACACCAACCAUGAGGACUUCAUAGGCUUUGCCAAUGCUCAGCAGAGGAGCAACCAGAUGAACAAGAAGAAGGCUUCAGGGAACCAGGAUGAGAUUCUGGUCAUCCGGAAGGGCUGGCUGACCAUCAACAACAUUGGCAUCAUGAAGGGUGGCUCCAAGGAGUACUGGUUUGUGCUGACUGCUGAGAAUCUGUCCUGGUACAAGGAUGAUGAGGAGAAAGAGAAGAAGUAUAUGCUGUCCGUGGACAACCUGAAGCUGCGGGACGUGGAGAAGGGCUUCAUGUCGAGCAAGCACAUCUUCGCCCUCUUUAACACGGAGCAGAGGAAUGUCUACAAGGAUUACCGGCAGCUGGAACUGGCCUGUGAGACACAGGAGGAAGUAGACAGCUGGAAGGCCUCCUUCCUGAGAGCUGGCGUGUACCCUGAGCGUGUUGGGGACAAGGAGAAAGCCAGUGAGACCGAGGAGAAUGGCUCUGACAACUUCAUGCACUCCAUGGACCCACAGCUGGAGCGGCAGGUAGAGACCAUCCGGAACCUGGUGGACUCGUACAUGGCCAUCGUCAACAAGACCGUGAGGGACCUCAUGCCUAAGACCAUCAUGCACCUCAUGAUCAACAAUACCAAGGAGUUCAUCUUCUCAGAGCUGCUGGCCAACUUGUACUCGUGCGGGGACCAGAACACACUAAUGGAGGAGUCGGCCGAGCAGGCGCAGCGGCGCGACGAGAUGCUCCGCAUGUACCACGCGCUGAAGGAAGCGCUCAGCAUCAUCGGCGACAUCAACACGACCACCGUCAGCACGCCCAUGCCUCCGCCCGUGGACGACUCCUGGCUGCAGGUGCAGAGCGUACCGGCCGGACGCAGGUCGCCCACGUCCAGCCCUACGCCGCAGCGCAGAGCCCCCGCCGUGCCCCCAGCCCGGCCAGGGUCGCGGGGCCCUGCUCCUGGGCCUCCGCCUGCUGGGUCCGCCCUGGGGGGGGCGCCCCCCGUGCCCUCCAGGCCGGGGGCUUCCCCUGACCCUUUCGGCCCUCCUCCCCAGGUGCCCUCGCGCCCCAACCGCGCCCCGCCCGGGGUCCCCAGCCGAUCGGGUCAGGCAAGUCCAUCCCGUCCUGAGAGCCCCAGGCCCCCCUUCGACCUCUAACCAGAUCCUUCCUAUUCCUCGGAGACCUUCCUUUCCAAGCCUGCCUGGAUGGCUGUUCUGUGACAUGACAGUGGCUCCCCCAUCUCCCAAAGCUCCACCUUCAUCUGUGACUUAGUGAGCUGAGCUGACAUAACCAGGUGUGACGUUGGUGAAAACUUGUGCUCCCUUCUCUGGUAUUGCUCCCACCCUGUUCUAUAAAUAUCUAUAAAUAGUCAUAUAUAUACAUACAUAUAUAUAUAUAAAUGGCAGAUUCAGCCUUGCCUCUAGUGUUGGGAAUCAAAUCACCGUGCAGUCCCUGUGGAGUCUUGUGGCCCAACUACAAGGAAACGCUGUCACCCUGACACAGCCCCUCAAAGUGUUCCACCUCCAAUGAGCCUCCCUGUCAUGCCCAGCCUGUGGACAGCCAGCCCCUCUCUGACACCACCCCCACCCCAUCCCUCUCCCCCUCAAAGCAUGGGGGUGCUGCCCUGGCAGCUGUGUGGGUCUCUGACCACUACUGGUCUUGCUGUCUCUUGGCUGAGAAUAAAACCCAUUUCUGGAUGGAGAACAAUGUGUGUCCUCUCUG